UAAAACCCCCAAAUUCCAAGUUCCAUCCCGAUGACCGUCCUCCCAGCAUCCAGAAAGUCGCGAUGAGACAAAAAGCAAAACGUUCCACCAAAGAUCUGCUUGCAGCUACUGAAUCCUUUUUUUUUCCGUUUGUUUUUUCCCUUGGCAGCCCUUCCACCCCAUGGUGAACCUGGAGUGCUCCCGGGAUUUCCGUCCCUUCCUGUGCGCGCUGUACGCGCCGGUGUGCAUGGAGUACGGGCGGGUGACGCUGCCCUGCCGCCGCCUCUGCCAGCGCGCCCACAGCGAGUGCUCCAAGCUCAUGGAGAUGUUCGGGGUCGCCUGGCCCGAGGAUAUGGAGUGCACCAGGUUCCCAGACUGCGACGAGCCCUACCCUCGCCUGGUGGACCUCAGCUCGGCCGGCGAGCCCACGGAGGAGGCCCCGAUGGCCGUGCAGAGGGAUUACGGCUUCUGGUGUCCUCGGGAGCUGAAAAUGGACCCGGAGCUGGGCUACUCCUUCCUGAGGGUCCGCGACUGCUCCCCUCCCUGCCCCAACAUGUACUUCCGCCGGGAGGAGCUGUCCUUCGCCCGCUACUUCAUCGGCGUCAUCUCCAUCGUCUGCCUCUCGGCCACCUUGUUCACCUUCCUGACCUUCCUCAUCGACGUCACGCGCUUCCGCUACCCGGAGCGGCCCAUCAUCUUCUACGCCGUCUGCUACAUGAUGGUGUCCCUCAUCUUCUUCGUCGGCUUCCUGCUGGAGGACCGGGUGGCCUGCAACGCCUCCAGCCCCUCGCAGUACAAAGCCUCCACGGUGACCCAGGGCUCGCACAACAAGGCCUGCACCAUGCUCUUCAUGGUGCUCUACUUCUUCACCAUGGCCGGCAGCGUCUGGUGGGUCAUCCUCACCAUCACCUGGUUCCUGGCCGCCGUGCCCAAGUGGGGCAGCGAGGCCAUCGAGAAGAAGGCGCUGCUCUUCCACGCCAGCGCCUGGGGCAUCCCCGGCACGCUCACCGUCGUCCUGCUGGCCAUGAACAAGAUCGAGGGCGACAACAUCAGCGGCGUGUGCUUCGUCGGCCUCUACGACGUGGACGCGCUGCGCUACUUCGUGCUGGCGCCUCUCUGCCUCUACGUGGUGGUGGGGGUGUCCCUGCUGCUGGCCGGAAUCAUCUCCCUCAACCGCGUCCGCAUCGAGAUCCCGCUGGAGAAGGAGAACCAGGACAAGCUGGUGAAGUUCAUGAUCCGCAUCGGCGUCUUCAGCGUGCUCUACCUCGUGCCCCUGCUGGUGGUGAUCGGCUGCUACUUCUACGAGCAGGCGUACCGGGGCGUGUGGGAGACCACGUGGAUCCAGGAGCGCUGCCGGGAGUACCACAUCCCCUGUCCCUUCCAGGUCACUCAGAUGAGCCGCCCAGACCUGAUCUUGUUCCUGAUGAAGUACCUGAUGGCCUUGGUGGUCGGGAUCCCCUCGGUGUUCUGGGUUGGAAGCAAGAAAACGUGUUUUGAGUGGGCCAGCUUCUUCCACGGGCGCAGGAAAAAGGAGUGAGCACGGAUAUUUUACACAUCAGCCCUUCCCUUGCUGCCCCGGGAGGGAGUUUGGGUUGGGUUUUCAUGAGAUUAAACAGCAAUGGAUGGAAAAAUCUCUAUCCAGAAUGCAGCCAGGAAGGACAAAACGGGCAACAGCUCAAUAAUUCCCUUAUUUCUCCCUAAAUAUUCUUUGUUCCCAAAUUGAAUCUAAAUUUACCCAUCUUCAAAAUGUUUUUAACAAGGAUUAAGCAUCAAAUAAACUGCAACUACUUACUGA